AUGUCACAUCUUCUCAAUCUGCCCAGCAAACUGCUCGCUCGCACAUUUUUCAAUGUGGAUAGUUCAUCAUUCAAGUCGCUGCACCACUCCUGCCGUUUCAUAUCACAGCUGGCCACCGAUCAGCUCUUCAAGACCGUGCACCUGCAGCCCAGCAAGACAAGCCAAAAUGGGUUACAAGAGAUCUUGAACAAUCCCAAUCUACGUCGGAUUCCGCGAAAGAUCUACAUAGACACCGUGGACGAGAGUCUUAAUUAUGAUGAUGAAGAAGAGCAAAAAUGGCCCCAAGGCUGGGACAAUCUUGUUCCGCAAGUGAAAGAAUUGCCUCGGCUGAACGCCGCCGUUCUGUGCUUCGAUAAGGGGUUUACUUCAGACAGCGAGGAUGAGGAUUACCCCCAUUAUACGGACUUCCCCCAGACCCCUCAAUUUCGCUUCCACGCAAUGCAUAAGCUGUUCUCUCUUCUCGAAUCCUUACGGCACCCAAUACAGGAUCUUGGUAUUCGCAACCUUCAAGCGGAUAACCCCAAGGAUCCGAAAACACUUGCGAAAAUGGGAAAGGUCCUGUCGGGCCUACUGUCCCUUCGCCUAAGCAUCACCAGCGAGACAAAUGACGCCGCUCCUGAGCAUGAUCUCGAGUAUCCGGAGAUCCGCAAGUUUUUCAAGGAGUUGCCCAGCACAUGGCUGAGUCCCGCUGCGCCUUCUCUCCAACAUCUCUCGCUCUGCUCGCGUGAAUACUCGGGCUUUUACCCUGACCUAGAUCUCACCAAUCUGUUCUUUCCACGCCUGAAGACGCUGUCACUAGGAAACUUCUGUUUCUUCCAUGAUGGCCAAAUCGACUGGAUUCUGAAGCAUGGAGACACCCUCGAGGAAAUCUACUUUGAUGACUGCGCCAUCCUCUAUGACUUUGGUAUGAUGGAAGAGAAUGUGGACGCCUGUGCUCUACCUAGGGACACCUUGGUGCGCCGCGAGGGCGAUGAGUCUUUGUAUGGUUCGUUCGAGAAGCGAUGGCACCAUAUUUUCGAUCUAUUUGCAGAGAAACUGCCAAAACUGCGACACUUUCGAAUCGGCCGUAGUGACUGGUCCCCGGAUAUUCCAUUUGAGCAGGAGAGGGAUAUCAAGGUCGGACUGUAUUACAAUCGAUACAUGUGCUGCUAUGAUGGAUGGGGCCCUUCGUCUUAUAUGGAAGGUGAGGAUCCCAAAGAACUCGCAAAAUUAGAGAAUGAGUGGAGACCUUCACCAGAAUGUGAUGAUGAGGAUCGCGCGGCUCUGCGGAAACUGUUGGCAAAGCUUGGGCAAUCGGUCCAGGAAAGUUAUUCGAAUGGACACCCUGGUGGUCGUAUAGUAUUUCAUUUUGGCGGAAAACGUAUCACCGUGACAAAAGAUACACUUCUGAAUCAGAUCCGUCCGACCGUAUACCGCUUAGAACUCGAGGAGCCCCAUUUUGGACUUCCAGGGACAGUCAUCGUCAAGCAACAGAAAGACGAACAGGAAGCUGAGUUUUGCGCAGAGAUAUCUGCCUACAAGAAGCUACAAGAGCUUCAAGGGACUGUGCUCCCAACUCUAUUUGGCGAAGGCUCUUUCAAUGGGCGCCCUGCCUUAAUCCUUUCGGAGAUCAAAGGAAUUACUCUGCGUGAGUUCGCAAAGCUAGGCGAAACGAGUAUCGAAGAGAAUACUUUGAGGUGUUGUCUCGAGAACGCUUUCCAGGAGCUCUACAAGUACGGAGCUGAGCAUUUUGACCUGAAUCUGGGUAAUUUUUUGGUCUGCGACAAUGUACAAGUGGUUAUUAUCGAUCUUGAAGAGAUCGAAUUCCCCGAUAGGCAGAAGGCCUGGGAAAACAGCGUUAAUUUGGGUAGUGUGAAUUACCUGAUGAGCAGAUUCAGGGAUGUGAGAUAUCCGCGUCGUGCUCCGUCACCUGUUCUGUAUUCGAUGCCUCACACUGGGGCUAGCGAUGAUAGGAGCGGCUCAGAAAUGACCGGGCCCUGCUAUUCCAUGGAACUCAUGAGUUGA